AUGGUCAACAGUAAGCCAACCCGGAUGUGGGUUUGCGGUGAAUACGAUCUCUACAUCGACCCCCAGUCUCUGUUGGCAACGGCAACGCAUUAUGUCCUAGAGUAUGGACUUCACGGCGCUCACAACGCCCCGUCCGUCUGGCCCGACGCGGAAGGACAGGUCAAACUCCCCGCCCCGGCGUUGAACAUCGCCGCAUAUUGCCUUUUCAGCGACCUACCCGAGCAAUUACAGAUGCCGGACGAGUUGUCGCCCCAAAACACGUCCCAAAUUAUGUACAUGCAGGCGAACCGGAUGUAUGAUUUAGCGUACAUCAAUGCGAACGGCAGGUGUCAGUCCAAAGCUGAUGAUAAGGUGUACCAAUGGGGAUUCUCGUAUAUCCAGGUCUUCAUUCUGAUUUUGGUUCUAAUUCUCUGGACCAUCGGCACUUGGUUGGUUUGGCUCCAGGCCCAUAUCAACCUCCCGCCCCGAAACGACGAGCAUACUGGCGAUUUUCUUGUCCCAAAGAAGACACUCCAAGCCCCACGGAGCUGGAACGGCGUGUUGCAGUUGGCAGCGGCCAUACAAAACGACGCCGACUCGCUGGGGGUUGACCCUGCAAAACUGACAUGCGGCGAGGCCCGAACCAAAAUGAGGAUCACGCACCCGGACGCGGCGGACGAGUCUUUGUCUCGUUUCAGCCCAAGCCCUCCUCCUACUCCUCCUUCACUUCCAACCGUUCGUCUCGGACUAAACCAGGCGUGUCCCUGGCCGGAUAUCUUUGGCGUAGGAUAA